AUGGCGGUGCUCGACAGCGGAGGCUCGGCCAUCCGGGCUGGGAGCUCUGGAAAGCCAAUCUCGCUGAUUCUGUUAACUGUCCAAAACUCGGCCUUCAUCCUCAUCAUGCACUACAGCCGCAUCAUGCCCCCCGCCGGCGACCACCGAUACUUUCCCUCGACCGCCGUCUUCCUCCACGAAGUCAUCAAGCUGGCCGUUUCCCUGACGCUAUGUCUGUACGAGGCGUCCAAGACGCUGGCGCCCAGCACGCCUGCGACGGUGCUCUUUGAGCAGAUAUACAAUGCCAUGUUUUCGACGGAUGGGUGGAAGCUGAUUAUACCGGGCGUGUUUUACACGCUGCAGAAUAUCUUGCAGUAUGUGGCUAUUGAGAACCUGGAUGCUGUGCACUUCCAGGUCUUGUACCAACUUAAGAUCCUCACCACAGCGCUCUUCAGCGUCUACCUCCUCAGCCGCCCGCUCGGCUUCAAGCGCUGGCUCGCUCUCAUCGUCCUCACCCUCGGCGUCUCAGUCGUCUCCCUCCCCGGCUCGUCCACCACCACCAAUGUGCCCAGCGCCGACUCCCUUCUCCUUCACGGCAUGCCCGACCACUUCUUUCCCCGGUCUCGCCACGAGCUUGGCCACGCCAUUCCCGACGACGCCCCGGCGCAUCUCACGCGUCGUUCUGCGACAUACGAAGGCAUCGACUACGAUCUUCACUCGCUCGAACCUCCCAUGAACUACUCCGUCGGUGUGACUGCAGUUCUCAUCGCCGCGGCAGUCUCCGGUCUUACUGGAGUCUACUUUGAGAAGAUACUCAAGGAAAAUUCAUCGCAAGCUAGCGUAUGGAUACGAAACUUGCAGCUGAGCUUUUACUCCAUGAUUGCUGCUCUUUUUGGCGGCGUUAUGUGGCAGGAUGGAGCUGGCAUUCGCGAGCAUGGUUUCUUCGAGGGCUACAAUACUAUCGUAUGGGCGACAGUCAUUUUGCAGGCGGCGGGUGGCUUGUUGGCCAGCUUGGUGAUCAGGGAUGCGGACAAUAUUGUAAAGAACUUUGCUACGAGCAUCAGUAUCAUACUGAGCUUUCUCGUCAGCGUAUGGGUCUUUGAGUUCGAAGUCACUUUUACAUUUCUUUUAGGAACAAUUCUGGUGCUACUGGCGACGUACAUGUAUAGUAUAACAGAGGAGAGCCCCUCUCGCGCCCGACCACCGGCCAUUCGAGUAGCCACAUUCGAAAAGCCUGCUAUCGAAAGUCUUCUUACGCCUAUAGGCACCCCUCGCUUAGGACCCUCCAAGCACCUUGGUGCCGUCGAUCCAUUUGAUGUCAAGGGCGUGGCAUCGACAUCUAGUCGGCCUAGCAGUCCGAUGUUUGCUCGCCCAGGAAGUCGUCUAGCCCCCCAGAAGGAGCUGUGAAUACGCAUUUGGCAGCGCAUUCGAAUUUUCAUCAACCUUUUCCUGCUUCUUGGGGGAGAAACAAAAACACUGUUAUUAUGUUUGGGCUAAUGCUAUAGCUUCAAUUUCUUUUUUACCUUGGACUGUAUGUGUGUCGGGAACGGAAAAUGGAUAGGUGCAUAUAGAAAGAGGGGAAUCUGGAUCCAACAGGAGCUUGUGAGCUUUGGUAUAGACGGCAAUGGAUGGAAAGCUUAGAAGAGAGGCUCUGUAAAUGGCUGAAUAUACCCAUCAUUAUUUUUCGCGC